AUGUUCAAGGAAUGCCAAAACCCAGACGAAAACCAGCGACGUCAGAUGGGGGAGGAGCUUGGUCUUAAGCCAAUACAAAUCAAAUUUUGGUUUCAAAAUAAGAGGAUACAAGUGAAGAACCUAAGUGAGCGAUAUAAGAACAAUGCUCUUCGGCUUGAGUAUGAAAGUUUACAAUUAGAAAACUUAAGAAUGAAAGAGGCUUUGAAGAAUUUACUUUGCUCAUCUUGUGGGGGUCCAUCCUUAGGGGAUGAAGUGCGCAACCAUCAUUUGCAAAAGUUAAGGCUAGAAAAUUCACGAUUAAAUCAAGAUCAUGAGAGAUUAUCCAAACUUUUGGAAAACAAUAGAUGGCUACCUCUUCCACCUUCAUCUUCAUAUGAUCCCUCCGGAGGAAGUGAUCUGAAUCAAAAUAUUCCUGUUCAUGAUCCCCACAUUCGUGCUUUUAUUGAGUCACUUGAUCAAAACAUUCCAGCUCCUACUGAAACGAAUGAUGAAAUAUUUUCACCUCUUACUUCUCCUCUUGAUGAAGAUAUUUCAACACUUGAGCAGGAGAUUCCUUUUCCCUUUCUUGAUCUAGAUUUUGGUGCAGUUAGUGGAGUUUCUAACGAUGAUAUGUUGCAUCAUCCAACGAACACAACUAUGGACAGUGAGAGGGCAUUUAUGCUGGAGACUGCAAAAAGUGCUAUGGAAGAAUUAAUAAGACUUUUGCGUAUGAAUGAACCAUUUUGGUUCAGAUCUGUGAAUGAUGGAAGAUUCGUUCUUCAACGAGAAAGUUACAAAAAUAUCUUUAACAAAGAUGAUGAAUUAAAUGAACCUUAUGCUCGGAUAGAGUCCUCAAAAGAUGCACGGAUAGUGAGCAUGAGGGGGACACAGUUGGUUGAUAUGUUUUUGAAUUCGGACAAAUGGGUUGAUCUUUUCCCAACAAUUGUUCAAAAAGCACAUACAAUUGAAGUACUUGAAAGCGGUUUGUUGGGAAGCCGAGACGGAGCUUUGCAGUUGGUGAAUGCAGAAAUGCACAUACUUUCACCAUUGGUUCCAACUCGGCAAUUCUCCUUCAUUCGUUAUUGUAAACAAGUUGAAGUCGGUGUGUGGGCUAUAGCCGAUGUGUCAUUUGAUUCCUCCAAAUAUGGCGUCGCUCUUUCUCGUGCUUGGAGACACCCCUCUGGAUGCAUGAUUAACGAAAUGAUCGAUGGGUCCUGCAUGGUUACUUGGGUGGAGCAUGUGGAAGUGGAUGAUAAGAUCCAAACUCACCAGCUUUUCAGAGAAAUUAUUUGUGACAAUAAUUCAUACGGAGCUGAAAGAUGGGUUUUGACACUUGAAAGAAUGUGUGAGCGAUUUGCAAGUGCCGCGCUUGAAAAUAUACCUAGUUGUGACGCUGGAGUGAUAAGUAUAGCUGAAGGAAGGAGGAGUGUUAUGAAGCUUGCUCAUCGCAUGGUUAAGAUUUUUUGUGGAAAUUUAGACAUGUCAGGUAACAUGGAAUUGCCACAUAUAAACAGUGGGGUUAUGGUGUCUGUUCGGAAUAACACAGAGCCAGGUUUGCCAAACGGCAUCAUUGUCACUGCUGCUACCUCCUUUUGGCUUCCUCUCUCCCCUGAGAAUGUUUUUGACUUCUUGAAAGAUAAUAGAAGAAGAGCCCAGUGGGAUGUUCUUUGCAACGGAUAUCCAGCGGACGAGAUUCAACAUAUCUCAAAUGGAACUCUUCCUGGCAACUGUAUUUCAAUUAUUCGGCCAUCAUUCCCUCCGGAGAACAAUAAGCUGAUUGUACAAGAAAGUUCUAUAGAUCCCUUGGGAUCUUUGAUGGUAUAUGCUCCUCUAGAUGCAUCAACACUUAAUUUGGCAAUAAAUGGAGGAGACUCUUCACUAUUGCCCUUUCUUCCUUUGGGGUUUACAAUAUCAGGAGAUGGAAGAUCAAAAACUGUUGCAGGAGAGUCAGGAGGUUCGUUGCUAACUCUGGCAUGCCAAGAAUUUGCUUGCAGUACAUAUGCAAUGGGGGAGCUAAACAUUGAAUCUUCAGUAGCUGCCAUGAAUACACUUGUAACCUCCACUGUAGAGAAAAUUAAAGCUGCUUUGAAUUGUUCCAAUUUGGAUUGA